AUGUCCACUCGGCGCGGAGUUGGGCUGGGCGCUUUCGUGAACCGAAACCAGACCACUCAAUCCUACGCGACGCAUGGCGCAAACCUUCGAUCAACACAUCUCUCGUCAUUACAAACCCAACUAUCAGUAUUCCAGUCGUUGCUUCACACGUUUGCCCUCGAACAUGCCUCGAAGAUCAAAUCGAACCCGACUUUCCGUGCUGAAUUUGCACGUAUGUGCAAUACCAUCGGCGUUGAUCCUCUAGCGGCCAGCAAUGUCAAAGGCAAAGGUAGCCGCAAGGGACUUAUGGAUGGAGGGAGUUUCUGGACCCAGAUAUUGGGAGGAGAUAUGAACGACUUUUAUUUUGAAGUUGCCGUACGUGUUGUCGAACUAUGCAGGGAGACGAGGAGCGAGAACGGUGGCCUUAUUGGGGUCAGUGAAUGCCGUAAGAAAGUAGCCAGAGGGAAAGCCAUUGGUGGCGGGUUGGAAGUAUCAAACGAUGAUAUCCUUCGUGCCGUCAAAUCACUUGAACCGCUAGGCUCAGGGUUCAGCAUCAUCCACGUCGGCAACAAACAGUUCAUUCGCUCUAUACCAAAAGAGCUCAAUACAGACCAGGCAACAGUGCUGGAGGUUAUCCAGGUUCUUGGAUAUAUCACAGUGUCAAUGUUGCAAGCGAACCUCAGUUGGGAGAAAGCACGCGCAACUACCGUAAUAGACGACCUUUUGGCUGAUGGCCUCGUUUGGCUUGAUAGCCAGUGUGCAGAAAACGAGUAUUGGUCGCCUCAAAACCUCUUAGGCGAAGAGGGAUAA